CUCUUUGCAUUGGAUAGUGUGUGAUCGGUCCGGUCCGUAUCUAUUAUCAACGGGUCUGCAAUGGCAGCAAAUCCUUGGGAUCCGGUACAGCCCACGGCAGCAUCUGCGCUGAUAGAGAAGUGUUUGGGAUGCGGAGUCCUGACACAGAAUGAACUGGAUCAAACGCAGCAAGAAUUUGUAUGCUUCAGCCGUGUAGAUGACGUGGCAAAGAUAUCUGAUAUUAAAGCUGAAAUCAACCAGAAAAGUCUUGAACUUGAACUGUUGAAGCUGGAGCAAAAAACGGCAGAUAUCACUCACCCCGUAUUCCUUAGCAAGAAAUGCCAGGUCCUUCAAGUAAUGAACAGUCACUUGGAGGCCGUGCUGAAGGAGAAACGCACGUUGCGGCAGAGACUGGCAAAGCCACUGUGCCAGGAGAAUUUGCCAAUUGAGGCAUCGUACCACAGAUCUGCCGCUGAACUGUUAACCUUAGCAGUGAAUUUCAUUGAGAAGCUAGAAGUCUAUCUUCAAUCCAUCCAGGCAAUUCCUAAGAUACCGGAGAGUGCCAAUAACAUGGAUAAUGCUUUGGUGAAAAUGGAGUGUCUAGAAGCAGAGAUUGAGGAGGUGACUGAGCGGAUCUUGUUGUGGAGAGAGGAACAAUAUGGACUCCUUCAGGCUACGUACCGGAACAAUCGAGAAGCAAGUUCUGGAUCUAUCAGUGCAAACACAUCCUAUUUAUCUAUUGAAAACCUUCACCCCUAGCUAUCUGCUCGCUUUGUGCGUUGCUCACCCUCUCACAAGGCUAUGGAUAUUUAUGUUCUGGACAGCACUCUUUGGGGUCAUCACAAUCUUCUUGAUUCAGUUACAAGAGGGGAUAUUGAUAACCCCCAAAAACAGGAGUUAGAUAUAUAGAACUGUAUUCAUAUCACCCCUACUGUCAUAGAACCACAACAGUACCAAUGGCAACAAGCCGAGAUAUAUUUUUACUUCCUCUCUGGCUCAAACCACGGUAAAGGAUUAUUUGCACUGAAUAGUAACUUGUACCUAUGGCCUAUCAAGUACUUUUCUUUACAGAAUAUUGUUAUUUUGUAAUAAAACUAAUGCUACUUUUCCAUUU